CUCGUUAAUCUGUGCGUCGUCCAGAGAUGGCUGACAAGCAUGUUGCACAUUUCACAAGUUUGCUGAUCAUGACUUUGGUACUCGCAAUCUCAUCGCUUGAUCUUCCUCCCAUAUCACUUCUCGACUGCUGCUGCGGGCUUCCAAAGAACUUUGUGUUCUACAGCCACAUUAUCAGGAGCCCAGCCAACUCGAGCCAGAUCCAGAGCGAGCGGGCGAUCCUGGGAAGCACAAGCUUGAAUCCCAACUUUACCGCCGGAUAUGGAGCUGUGUUUAACAAUCGCCUCACUCUCACUCCAUCUUACGAGUCCCAAGAGAUUGGGAGGGUCAAAGGGACGUUCUUCGUGCCGGUGGCUGGGAGCUUGGUCACUUACAACAGCGCGGUUGUCUUCUCCACACCGUUUUACAAUGGUUCUUACGUUUCCGCGGAUGGUCUGUUCGAUUUCUCGCUGAUUGCCAAUGAUCUCCCAGUUUUUGGGGGAACUGGGGACUUGUACUUCUCAAAGGGUCGCCAGGUUGCCACCCAGGUUCUUGCGUACGCCGGUGGAGCAAACAUGGUGCUCAAGCACGAACUCUUCCUCAAGGUUAGCAAACUCGAUUCCUGCUCCCUUGGCCUCCACCUCUAAAUCCCAUCACAAUCUUAAGUUUAAUGACCGAAAGUCUUUCACGCAAA